AUUAAUUAUAAAUGGCAGUUCGUGCACAAUUUGAAAAUAGUAACGAGAUUGGUGUAUUUUCUCGUUUAACAAACAGUUAUUGUUUAGUUGCCUUGGGUGGCUCUGAAAACUUUUAUAGUGUUUUUGAAGGUGAAUUAGGUGAUGUGAUUCCUGUCAUUCAUACAUCAAUUGCCGGUACACGUAUUGUUGGCCGUUUAACAGCCGGUAACAAACAUGGUCUUCUUGUGCCCAGCACUACAACUGAUCAAGAACUUCAACAUUUACGUAACUCACUACCUGACAGUGUUGCAGUUCAACGUGUUGAGGAACGUCUUUCAGCAUUGGGUAACGUCAUUGCCUGUAACGACUAUGUUGCUCUUGUUCAUCCAGAUAUUGAUCGUGAAACAGAAGAAAUUAUUGCGGAUACCUUGCAAGUAGAAGUCUUCCGUCAGACUGUAGCUGAUAAUGUCUUGGUCGGAUCUUAUUGUGCUCUCUCUAAUCAAGGUGGUCUUGUCCAUCCUCGUACUUCUGUUCAAGAUCAAGAUGAAUUAGCAGCUCUUUUGCAAGUUCCUCUUGUGGCUGGUACUGUCAAUCGUGGUUCAGAUGUUAUUGGUGCUGGAUGUGUUGUAAAUGAUUGGUGCGCAUUUGCUGGUAUGGAUACAACUUCAACUGAAUUAAGUGUAAUUGAAAGUAUCUUCAAAUUACAAGACGCUCAACCCACAGCCAUCGUUAACGAAUUAAGAGAUUCUUUAGUUGAUACUUAUUCUUAAAUUAUAGAAACAAAAAGAAAGGAAAUUAUAUGUCCAUGUAGAUAUUAUAUAAAUAUAUAUAUAUUAAAAUUUUUACUCUUAUAUAAUACAAAAUGUAUAUGCAUUUUUUUCAUAUAUAAAUGACAAAUAUGUUCCAUGUAUAUAACAAAGAAAAAUGAUAAAAUGUGCCUUUUUUUUUAUGGACAAAUUGAGUUAAAACACUGAAUAAAAAAAAAAGCCUUAAAUGUAUACAUUUUUGUUAUUAAUAAAAUUGAAACACAUCAAUAAACUAUAUAUCAAAAUUGCCUG